AUGUCUGACGACAAGAUUGAGAACCCCGUCUCCUUCAGCAAGCUCCAGGAGCUCGAGGAUGACUUUGAGGAUGUCGAGGUUGAGCUUCUCCGCCAGCAGGCCAAGCUCACCGCCGACCUCUACACCAAGCGCGCCCAGGUCAUUGCCGACAUCCCCAACUUCUGGCCUCUCGUCCUCGAGCAGUCGCCCGCCGACCUCGACGAGUACAUCCAGCCCACCGACUCGGCCGUGCUGCUCAACUCGCUCACCGACCUCUCCGUCGAGCGCUUCGAGCUCGCCUCGGGCGGCGACCCGCGCAGCAUCGCCAUCAAGCUCACCUUUGGCCCCAACGAGUACUUUUCCGACACGACGCUCGAGAAGAAGUUUUGGUGGCGCUACGCCAAGGACGGCUGGGCUGGCCUCGUCUCGGAGCCCGUCAAGAUCAACUGGAAGUCCAAGGACAAGGACCUGACCCAGGGCCUGCUCGACCUCGUCUGCCAGGUCCGCGCCGCCGAGCGCCAGCUGCCCGCCGGCAAGAAGCUCGACGACGACGCCGAGCCCAAGAAGUCGCUGCUCGCCCAGAUGGAGGCCACCGGCCUCGGCGGCGUCUCCUUCUUCGCCUGGUUCGGCUUCUGCGGCCGCAACGUCUCGGCCGAGGAGUCCAAGGAGGCCUUUAAGGAGGAGCAGGCCAAGCGCCAGAAGCGCAAGGCCGGCGAGGAGGUCGACGAGGACGACGACGAGGAUGACGACGACGACUUUGACGAGUACGACACGGAAAUCUUCCCCACCGCCGACGACGUCGCCGUCUGCAUCGCCGAGGACGUCUGGCCCAACGCCAUCAAGUACUUCAUCACCGCCAUGGAGCACGAUGCUCUCUCCGACAUGGACUUUGAGGAGUCUGACGAGGAGAUGGAGGAGGCCGACGGCGAGGAGCACACCUCCAAGAAGCGCAAGGCUUAG